CAGUAGUGAUAGUGUCGUCUGGUCUGUGCCGGCAGAGAAGUGGCGUAACGCAGGGCGGUUGGAUUCUAACGUCAGUGAAGUGUUACAGAUUUGUCUGUGAAAGUUGAUGAAGUGUACUUAAAGUCGCGUGAUUAUUAAAAUGUCGCCGAAAGAAGUAAAAAUAGUCCCAAGUGAAGAAGAAGUAAUCAAAACACUCUGUGAAUUAAUUCAAGACAUUGCCAGAACGGCGAUACAGCGAGACGAUGUUUUCAAAGUUGGAUUGUCAGGUGGAUCUCUUACAAAAUUCCUUACGGUUGGUCUCCCGAAAAUUGAAACAGAUUGGGCGAAGUGGAGACUAUUUUUUUGUGACGAGAGGGUUGUGCCUGUUGAGAGCGCGGAUUCAACUUACGGGGUUUACAAGAGUUCUCUAAUUGGGAUCGUACCUCUUACCGAGGAGCAGUUCAUCAAAAUCGAUCCACACUUAACAGCUGAGGAAGCAGCAAAAGACUACAUUCAAAAAAUGGCAGUGCAUUUUCCUCCAGAUUCACUACCUAGGUUUCAUUUGUUGUUGCUUGGAAUGGGACCAGAUGGGCACACAUGCUCACUUUUUCCUGAUCACAGACUUCUGGAGGAAACCUCAGUGUGGGUGGCACCCAUAACUAAUUCACCUAAACCACCAGCCUCAAGAAUUACUUUAACAUUUCCUGUGGUGAACAAUGCAGAGUGCUGUAUUUUUGCACUUACUGGUGCUGGCAAAGCAGACAUUGUCAAGCGUGUCCUGAAAGACGAAGAGCCUCUGCCAGCUGCUAGAGUGAAGCCAACAGAUGGGAAGCUUUACUGGAUUCUUGAUAACAGUGCUGCUGCACAUAUAACAGAUAUGUGACUUAACAAUGAUGGUACACCCUGGUACUCGUGCUGUACUCAAUUUGCUCACAUCACCUAUUUUGUAAAAUGAGAUAAACCAAAGGAUGAACUGAUAUGACAAAGAAAUGCAACUGAAACAUGUCAUGCAGAAUUUUUUUAAUAGUGUUGAGAGACUGGUGUAAUUUUUGCCUAUUCAUAUAUAAGCUAUUACUCACAGCUUGGGGGAGGAGGAGGUAUGUGGUAAGUGCUUACUGUAGAAGUCUGUUCUAUUAAGUUUUGUUUCAUUUCAGAGAAAUAUGUGAAAUUGCAUUGACAUCCAAAAACAGUCAGAAAUUCAGCAUAUUGUUGAAUGUCAUUUGGGGAAAUGCUUGAAAUACAUGAGGGCCCACUUAUCUCAAUACCUGUGAUAGUUACAUAAGAAGUAGCAUUUAUAACUUUAGUAAAGGAGUAACAUUUUGACACAUUACUGUGUUUUAUACGAUAUCUCCAUUCUUACUUUUUACCAACGUGUUAAUUGUACUUUUCUCUCUCUGUGUGUGUGUGUGUGUGUGUGUGUGUGUGUGUGUGUGUGUGUGUGUGUGUGUGUGUGUGGUUUUUUUGAGAGACCAGCUUUGUGGCCAUGAUAAGACAACUGCUUCCAGGGUUACUGGAAUGCUUUAAGAACACUUUAUACCAUAUCAGCAGGCAGCAUGAAAGUUCAGACGUACAUUUAAGAAUUUAUAUAAAUCAGCUUGUUAUAUUAAAAGUAUUUCAAUUUUUCAGUCUGAUUGACGGUAGAAGUGUCCUACAAGUUAAUGUUCCUUUUUGUAAUAAUGCAUUUCCUCAGCUUUUUAUAAAUUUAUCUUCGUAUGCAAGUGUAGAUUUUCAGUUUUGUUCUUUGUCGUCUAGUGAAGGAAAUGGUGCUGUUUUGUUCUGUUUAACAGCAUUAAUACAUUAGCCACGACUGAUGGAUUGUCUCUAACAAACAAAGAUCUACAUGUAUUGAAAGACUGUGACAUAAAUAAUUAGAAAUAUUAUCUAGAUAAUGUCGGGUAUAACAUUUCUGUGCUUUUUCUUUUUGUACAGCUUUUGUGUGUGUGUGUGUGUGUGUGUGUGUGUGUGUGUGUGUGUAAAAUUUGUCUGUAUGGUAACACAAAGCAGGAAGCAAAUACGGUCAGUAAGCAUGAGAUUACUUUGUUGAGGGAAGGGGAACUUUUCAGUGUGUAAAGUAAAGUAAACAAUAUGAUGUAGUUGCUUUCAUAGUCAACUUGCUGGGUUAUCAUCACAUAAAUGGCAAGCAUUUAUUUUAAAAUUUGCAUAUCAUUCCUGUUGCUGGAAGGAACUAGACUGAGUUGUCGAAAAAUCUCAUGUACUAUCCAUUUCAGAGAGUAUUGGAAUACUUUUUUUUUUUUUUUUUUUUUUUUUUUUUUUUUUUUUU